UCAACCUGAGUAUUAUAAACCGUAUGAGAGAAAUUACUUUACUUCCCUGAAACUCAAACGCUUGCUAGUGAAAAACAAGUGUUAAAUCGAUGACCUAGGUUGCUAAGCUAUUUUGUUGGUACCUACAAGCAAAAUGGCUACAAAGGCGACAACAAUAAAAGAGGCAAUAAAGAAAUGGGAAGACAAGACCGGGCUACAGGCGGCGACCGCCACGGAUGUGUCCUUGAUAUUCCAAUUUCCACCCAUUGAGAAAAUGGACAACACUUUGUCUUGCUUAGCAAACUGCGAGAAACUAAGCUUAUCUACGAAUAUGAUUGAGAAGGUCACAGGACUGAAUAGUUUUAAAAAGUUACGCAUUUUGUCCCUUGGAAGAAAUUACAUCAAGUCUUUUGCUGGUAUGGAGUGUGUCGGAGAAACGUUAGAGGAACUGUGGGUCUCGUACAAUUUGAUUGAGAAGUUGAAAGGGAUCAAUGUUCUACGGAAUCUGAGGGUCCUCUAUAUGAGCAACAACCUUGUCAAAGAGUGGAGCGAAUUCAAUAAGCUACAGGAGCUGCCGCACCUAGAAGACCUCCUCUUCGUGGGGAACCCGCUCUACGACGCGUGUGAGCUGGACACGUGGCGCUCCGAGGCGGCGCGGAGGCUCCCCAACCUGAAGAAACUAGACGGGGAAACCGUGCUGCGCAGUGACGACCCGCCACUCACUGUUGCUGAUAUGCAGCCUGAUGAUACCGGCGAUGGAGUGGAAACGCUGGUCAGUGCAGAAACCAAUGACUAAACUUCUCAAGGCGGUUAAAAAUAAAACAAAAAGUGACUGUAAAACUAAAAUAUUUUAUUUACACUUUAUUAUUAGGUAACCUACCUAUGAUUCGUACGUUAAACCUAUAGGCUACAUUAUUGUAUAUCUUCACAGAAGGCGAUUUUAAUAUUGUGC